AACAGCAAGGACAGCGCAGGUGUCCGACACCUAUUCUACGGUCUCUCAUUUUGCCUCAUCAGUUUGGGAAUGUUGCCAUGUGGGAGCUGGUUGCAUUUAGGAAAAGAGUUUCUAUUUCAGUAUGUACAUGUAAUCGCUUGCCUUUUACACGGAGAGGAUUAAUACCCCGAGGAUGUUUUGCGCAAAAUUAAAGGAACUUAAAAUUUCUGGAGAGUGCCCGUUUUCUAUGGUCCUUCAAAAUGAAGAGCCACGGAAAUUUGAUAAUUGCUCAAGCGGUCGUUCAACAAACGAAUUGCCCAUUUCCAAAGAUGUGCUUGGGCAUAUACCAGUCAUCCGUCCUCAACGGAAAACAAGCAAGAGUAAAGUUAAUCUGCACACACUCGGAGAGAGCAUUCGGAAAUUAGUUUGUCCUGAGUUACAGAGAUUACAAAAUGCUUUCAUGAGUGUGGUGCAGCAACACAAAUCAGAUGUUCCCUGGAGACUGGAAAAGCCAGAGCAUCUAGAGGAUAUUAUGAAGAACUUCUGUGUCAAAACAGGUAUUCAUAUGGAUAUGUUGAAAGUAUCCCUGGGCAUUGAGGUGUUCAGAAGCUGUUAUGAGGAGGAUGGUCAUAUUUUAGGAGUGGUGGGGGGAGCCCUACACGACUUCUUGAACAGCUUCAAUGUGCUUUUAAAGCAAAGCUCCCCACCCACCCCAGAGGCCAGGAGGCAUAUCAGCGAAGCGUCCGUGCUCUGCCUGGACAAAGACCCCGGACUGCUCACCGUCUACUACUUCAACCCCCACCCCACCACAGAGCUCUUCUUCCCGGGCAUCAUCCAGGCAGCGGCCAGGGUGCUGUACCGUCUGGACGUGGAGGUGCGGAUGGACCCCGGCGCCAAGGAGAGCGCCCUGGAGGCCAGCCACCAGCCCCACCUGCUCUACUCGGUGCUGAUGCGCGACGCCAAGAGCCUGACCCCCAGCCCCAUGCGGACGCUGUCCAGCGGGGACAUCCCGCUCUCUCUUCUCUACUCCACCUUCCCCUUCCACGUCAUGCUGGACCAGGACAUGGGGCUGCUCCAGAUCGGCGACGGGCUCCGGCGACGGCUGCCCCGCCGGGACGGCCAGAGGAGGCCGAGGUUCGAGGAGCACUUUGCCAUCGUCAGCCCCGAGAUCUGCUGCACGUUCCAGGGCAUCCUCACCAUGCUCAACACCCAGUUUGUCCUGCGGAUGAAGCCAGGUGUGUGGACCGUGGAGAGCUCUGCCAAGCUGAUGGAUCUGAAGGGCCAGAUGAUCUUCAUGUCCGAGAUGAACGCCAUCCUCUUCCUGGGCUCGCCGUGCGUGGACAAGCUGGACGAGCUGAUGGGCCGCGGCCUGUACCUGGCCGACAUCCCCAUCCACAACGCCCUGCGUGACGUGGUGCUGGUGGGCGAGCAGGCCAAGGCCCAGGACGGCCUGAAGAAGCGUCUGGGCAAGGCCAAGGGGGCGCUGGAGCUGGCGCACCAGGCCCUGGAGGAGGAGAAGCGCCGCACCGUGGAGCUGCUCUUCACCAUCUUCCCCGGGAACGUGGCGCAGCGCCUGUGGCAGGGCCUGCCCGUGCAGGCCAAGAAGUUCGACAACGUCACCAUGCUCUUCUCCGACAUCGUGGGCUUCACCGCCAUCUGCUCGCGCUGCACGCCCAUGCAGGUGGUCACCAUGUUAGGGGAGCUCUACACGCGCUUUGACCACCACGUCGGCGUGCUGGAUGUGUACAAGGUGGAGACCAUUGGAGAUGCUUACUGUGUGGCUGGUGGUUUGCACAAGGAGAGUGAAAACCACGCCGUGCAGAUUGCUCUUAUGUCUCUGAGGAUGAUGGAACUUUCGGAUGAAGUCACGACCCCCACAGGAGAGGUCAUCAGGAUGCGGAUUGGCAUCCACUCAGGAUCUGUCCUGGCCGGAGUCGUUGGUGUGCAAAUGCCUCGCUACUGCCUGUUUGGUAACAACGUGACACUUGCAAACAAAUUCGAGUCCUGUAGCCAGCCACGGAGGAUAAACGUCAGCCCAACCACAUACAGGUUGUUAAAAGAUCGGCCAGAGUUCACCUUCAUACCGCGGAGCAGAGAGGAGCUUCCGCCUAACUUCCCCUCCGAGAUCCCUGGUGUUUGUUACUUCCUCGAGGCUUUCGAUCAAAGGAGCAGCAGUGACUCGAACACAGAUGGGCCGCUGGCUGGCCAUUCAAACACUGCAGUGGAACAUACAUAAAUAUCAUUGGGACAAUGAACACAGAGCACGCCGUGCUGAAUGCCAGAAGUUGUGUAUUCACCAUUCACAUGCCAUUGACACAAGAUAUAGCAGCCAUUCCAGCAAUAGGACUAAGAUUGUCAAAACCACUUGCUCUUUUUUUUCACAGUGCACUGUUUGAUUUACCUUGUAACUAAAUAUGUAGUAAUAAUAAUUAGAUUGUAGACACUUCUUUUUAUAGCACACAAUGGAUUAAUAUGAAGCUUUAGCAGUUACGGCUAUAAUGCAUCUUAGUAGACCAUAAUGGAUGUGCAAACAUUCCAAAAUGAAAGCAUUCAUUACUUUGGCCUUUUGUAUUUUAACUGAGCUAUAAUAAAGAUAUAUGAAUA